CACGUGGUUACUGUUUUUGCUCGGCGGCACGCGUACCUGGUGCUUCAAAGCUUCUUUCGAUUGACAAAGCUUAACGUUAUUACUUUUUUUUUUACACCUAGUGCCCACUCAUGUCGGCCACAGCUGAAAUUAACGCCGCAAGUGAAAGGGUGCAGUGUCCGAAAGACGAUAGUGAGGCGUGCGGUGAAGUGUUUCAGAACUCGGUGGUUACUGCGUCUGAAACCAGCGUAGAAGAGAAGGCCCGUGUCACCUCCACCUCGAGCGAGAAUGCGAACGCUGAAAAUGCCACAUCUGAGGAAACGGAUAAGGUCCACGACCCGUACUUCUACACCAAGAGAGACGAGUUUACAUCUGAAGUACACAAGAUCGAAAUCGGAAACCUGCCCAAGAUAUUCGGCCACGGACAAGUGAAGAAACUUCUUUCGAAAACCUUGCAUCUGAAACCUCACAAAAUCAAAUUGGUGAACCUCGGGAGGUUCGCCUUUGUGUCGUUCAGGUCCGAAGAAGAUCGGGAAAAUGCCCUGCACAAGAUUCAAGGCUACAAAUUCAAAGGGUGCACGUUGACAGUGAAGAAAGCAAAUCCCAUGGCUGAUCCGCUAAUUCAGAAACGAAAACUUGGGGAAGCUGAAGAUGCGGUACCGUUAAAGAAACAGUGUGACGAAUCCAGCAUCUCUGAAAGGAUCAAGGAAUCUGUGGCUUCUUGGUCAGACCUCCUGUAUCAGCAGCAGCUGGAGCAGAAGGAAGAGCAGAUGAGAAAAGUCAUGGUGAAGUAUGCCCGGAAACUUGAACAGGUUAACCCAGGUCUCAAGCCAUGGAUCAACAAGCAGAGGGAAGUGCACAAAUUGGGUGUCUGCCCUGUUGAGCCCAUCAAGGCAUCACCUGUUGUAGAUGGCUACCGCAACAAGAAUGAAUUCACGGUUGGAAGACAUCUUGAGACGGGAGAGGUCGUGGUUGGUUUUCGCAUCAGCAGCUAUCGACAGGGGUCGAUGAGCGUUGCUUCGGCAGCUGACCUACCUAAUGUUCCCGAGUCGGCAAAGAAGGUUGCUCAGUGUUUUCAGGAAUACGUGCAACAGUCUGGCAAGGAGCCAUUCAACCCGGAGACGCACGAAGGGUACUGGCGUCAACUUACAGUGCGCACCACCAGCAAAGAGCACAUUAUGGCUAUUGCUGUCAUUCAUCCGCAGGCACUCAGUGAGGAGGACAUCUCGCAAGAGAAAGAGAAACUGCGCCAGUUCUUCGCAGAGGGUUCCGGAAAGUCGGCUGGUGUCACUUCGUUUCACUUGCAGAGGUUUGACAAGAAACGUUCCGAUGAGGAGCAGCCAGAGUAUGAGCACGUUUUCGGAACAGAGGACAUCGAGGAGAGUCUCCUUGGUUUGACAUUUCAAGUGAGCCCCGAUGCGUUCUUUCAAGUGAACACGCCUGCUGCAGAAGUGGUGUACCGAACUGCAGAAGAUGUUGCGGGUCUCAGCGCAGAAACAACGCUUCUAGACAUCUGCUGCGGCACUGGAACCAUAGGUCUGUCCUUGGCUUCGAAAGUCAAGCGAGUCUAUGGUGUGGAAGUGUGCAGGAGAGCAGUGCAGAAUGCCAAGCGAAAUGCCGAACUUAAUGGCAUCAAGAACGCCAGUUUUGUGCUAGGGAAAGCUGAAGAUGUGAUACAGGACGUGAUCCGUACGGCUGGGGACAGCGAAGAAAUUGUGGCCAUUGUUGAUCCACCUAGGCAGGGUUUGCACAACAAGGUGUUACGCACGCUUCGGUGGACCUCCUCCAUCAAGAAACUGGUGUACGUCUCGUGCAACCCGGAAGGAGCGCUGCAAAACUUUUUAGAUUUGGCAAGGGCUGCAUCAAACAACUACAGAGGAGACCCUUUUGUACUGACCAAAGCUGUGCCUGUGGAUAUGUUUCCCCACACACCACAUUGCGAGCUUGUGCUUCUCAUGGAGCGUCUGAAGGCAUGAUUAAAGCUCUUGGGCUCAAAGAGUCCUGAAAGCU